AUGGCGUCCUCAGGGGCCGCCGCUAACCUCUGGGUACUGUUUGGCCUCGGCAUCGCGGGCAUCUUCCUGGCGGCGCGGCGACUGAGGCGCCCUGCGCGCCCCGACCACGGCGCCUUCAUCUCUCGCCUCGAGCUCCUCCCGCCGCUCCAGCCUCCGCCACCGCAAGCGCCCCACCCGCUCACUGGACUCUGCUUCGCCAUCGCUGACGCAUUGCAUGUCAAUGAUUAUAUUACAAGUUUUGGCAGCCUUGAAUGGGCAAAGACACAUGAUGCAGAAGUGCAAACAUCUCCAGUGGUUUCAGCUCUUGUUGAUGGUGGUGCUAUUUGUGUUGGGAAAACUGUUAUCGAUGAGAUGGCAUACAGUAUCCACGGUGAGAAUAAAUAUUUUGAUACACCAACAAAUCCUGCCGCUCCAGAUCGAGUACCAGGAGGAUGUUCAAGCGGAUCAGCUGUUGCAGUUGCUGGUGGCAUGGUAGAUUUUGCCCUGGGUAUUGACUCGAUUGGAGGUGUAAGGGUACCAGGUGCUUAUUGUGGUGUCUUGGCAUUCAGGCCUUCACAUGCUGUGGUUUCCAGCAGUGGUGUCAUUCCUGUUGCGCCUAGCCUCGACACUAUAGGUUGGUUUGCAAGGGAUCCAAGUGUGUUGCAUCGUGUUGGGCAUCUUCUUCUCAGACUUCCUUAUGCUGGUAUUCGCCAACCUAGAAAUUUUUACAUAGCAGAUGAUUGCUUUGAACUUUCGAAGAUACCUGCUAGGAGACUUACUCAGGUGGUGACAAAAUCUGUGGAGAAGCUCUUUGGAAGACAAGUCCGUCAUGUGAAUCUCGAAAAUUAUUUGAGUUCAAGAAUAUCCGGCCUGAGUAACUAUUCAAAUGGGCAUAAGAAUGGUGAUUCAAAGUUCCGUCUGUUGUUAGCACUUUGUAAUGCCAUGAGAUCACUUCACAAGCGGGAAUUCAAAGAUCAGCAUAUGGAGUGGAUAACCUCAGUUAAGCCUGCUGUGGAUGCUCGCAUAGUCAAUGAUUUGUCUGAGGAUGGUGAUUCAGAUAUUGAUGGCUGCCAAGAUGUGAGAAAAGAAGCACGCUCUGCUCUAAGUGAACUUCUUAAGGAUGAUGGGAUUCUGAUGAUUCCAACUGCUUUGGGGUGCCCCCCAAAGCUUAACGCUAAGGAACUCUCAUCUGAAAGCUACAAUUCUCAGACACUAUGCCUUUUGUCUUUAGCAAGCAUGUCAGGGUGUUGCCAGGUUUCUAUUCCUUUGGGUACACAUGAUAAGUGUCCCAUUUCAGUUUCAUUGAUUGCUAGGCAUGGUGGUGAUCGGUUUUUGUUGGACACCACUCAAACCAUGUAUACGACCAUCCAAGAGCAAGUGGAAAUACUAGCGAAAUCUAGUGUUUCAAGUAAACAGGCGAUGAAUGAAGAAGCAGCUGAAGCUGCUAAAGAGAAAGGUAAUGCUGCAUUUAAGGAAAAGCAAUGGCAGAAGGCAGUAAAUUUCUAUACUGAAGCAAUAAAGUUAAAUGGAAAAGUGGCUACAUACUACAGCAACAGAGCUGCUGCCUUUCUAGAAUUAACUAGCUACCGUCAGGCUGAGGCAGAUUGCACAAGUGCCAUCGACCUUGAUCCAAAGAGCGUGAAAGCUUAUUUACGGAGAGGCACUGCAAGGGAGAUGCUAGGUUAUUAUAAGGACGCCGUUGAUGAUUUCAACCAUGCCCUUGUUCUAGAACCAAUGAACAAGACGGCUGGUGUUGCCAUUAACAGGUUAAAGAAGUUGUUUCCGUAA